AUGAGUUCUAUCCCAGCUUGGAAGCGUGCAGGUUUACUAGUCAAGGCUGAACAAGAAGCCGAAGACGAAUCAUUAUCAACUAAAAGAAUUGAGACUGAUGAUUUAACUACUAAACAAAUUAAGAAAAUUAGUAACAAACGUAAGCUUCAAGAUGAUACUAAACAUAAGACAAAUAAAAAACCACCUAAAAGAGUAAAACUACCUAAAAAUGAAAGAGCUCCACCUCCAGUAAAAGAUCAAUUAACAUAUCUUAAACAGUUCCAUGAAGACAAAGCAAACUGGAAGUUCAACAAGCUGAAACAAAAUUGGAUCUUGAAGAACAUUAGGGAUAUUCCUGCUGAUUACGAAGAAGCAUUAGUAAGCUAUUUGGGUACCCUACAAGGUGGAUCUAGAGAUAGACUUAUACCCGAAUUGAAAGAGGUGAUCAAUAAGUGGAAUACUCAAUACGAAGAAGCUGAAAAGAAGAUUGAAGAACAAUUAGCCAAAAAGUUAGAAGGUGAUGAGCCAGAAAAAGAGGAAGAAAAGAAGGGUGACAAAGAAAAGAAAGAAGAACUGAAAGAAGAAAAGAAGGAGGAUGUUGUAAAUGUUGUUAAUUUGGAGUAUGCUGUUAGAUGUAAAAGUAUUCUUUCACAAUUGACAGAAGAGGAUGUAGAAGUUAAAGGUGAAUAG